AUGCAGACCACUGACACUUCGAAUUUUUUCCGGUCCGAGGCCGAUCGCAGCAGAGGAGACUUGCUAUUCGUGGUGGAGAGGUGGACCGCGGAAAGUGGCUCCGUUGUCCGCAGAGUAAAUCUCGUGACGGGCAAGUCGGUUCAAGUCUAUAGGGGGCAUACUGGGCCUGUCACCUGCCUCGCAUUUUUUAAUCCGGGCAACGACCGAACAGUCUUGUUGACCGGAGCAUGGGAUCGGACAAUCAAAGCCUGGGACGUUGAGACAGGGGAUCUUCUUUCCACGACGAAAGCACAUUCUGAUUUCUUGAAAACACUCUUGAUUAUCCCUCAGCUUAACCUUCUCGUAUCUGGAUCUUCAGACAAGCACGUUAAGCUUUGGGAUCUGAGUGUCUUGACUUCGCCGACUGCACACAAUGAAUCUCUCGUUCAAAUCGGAUCGACAACCGGACACACGCGUCCAGUCGAGUGCCUUGCUGUGGACUCGUCAGUUGGUUAUCGUCUCUACUCGGCCGAUAGCAUGGGUGUGAUUAAGGCUUGGGAGGUAGAAUCGCACCCUGCACCCACCUCCAGCCGUCGUCUAACUCAUGUAGGCGAUCUCCAAGCCCAUACAAUGGGCAUCACAGAUAUGUGGGUAGCACAUGGUAGAGUCUGGAGCGCAUCGACGGAUAAUACUGUACGCGUCCAAUCACUUGAAAAGGAGGCAGUGUCGCACCCCCUCGACCACGCGACGCAUGUACGAUCGCUGAUUCCUCUCCACCUAACGUCAGCGGGCUUGCCCGUCCUUAUUACGGGGUCCGCCGCUGGAAGUUUACACAUCUGGGAUCUUGAAUGGACAGGAGACGGCGAUGACCCAGCCGUUAUUGACGGGAGCGGAGCACAUGAAUCGGGAAUGGUUGACGUACAUUCGCAUGACGUGAGCGCACUGGCGUUGUGGGUGCGGCAGCCGGCGACCGAAUCCGCUAUAGAGACCGCAAAUGAGGGUAAAGAGUUGCCGCGAGUUAAAUCAGUGGAGGCAUGGGUUGUUAGUGGAAGUCUAGAUGGCACCUUACGAAGAUGGCGACUUUCAGAUCUAUUAGACGGAAAAUAUAACACAAAUACAGAGGCGGCGGCCGAAUCUCAAGUGGACACAUCAAGUUCAAAGCCACCUCGAAAUCUACCAGACGAAAAAUCAAAGGCUUUUACAAUGACGGAAGAAGAGGAGCGUGAAUUAGCAGAGUUGAUGUCAGAUGAUGACAGCUAG